CCGGAUGUCCGCCAGAAACCUUCAGAACAGACGCCAUUUUGUAUCGCAAUGGUAGGCAAAGCUGUCAACCGAAAACAUCGGUUUGCCAUGUGAUGUUUAAAAAUAUAGUCAUUUUGUUCGUUUUUAUUUAAAAUAAUAAAUUGAGAUGACAAUGUAUGGAGGAGAAAAUGGAAAGAAGAAACAGUCAUCUUUAACUGAAAAGAAAAUGCAGCUUCCUAUUUUGUCAAUUAACACAAUGUCAGAGGGACAGCUGAGAGACUUUAUUCCCAAACUCUUAUCAAUGGUUAAAAGUAGUAUGGAAGAUAAGACGGAAAAACCUGACUGGUGGCCUAGUGACCUGCCAUGGUCAGAUACACAGACACAUAUAAAAUAUCAUCAGGUAGCUUCAUGGGCGGACACUUUAAGGAAUGUUGUUAGAUGUUGUUACAAACAUCUUGGCCAGGAGAAGUUGCUACAAGAAAGCUCUAAAGACAAGAUAAAGACUAGUUAUAAUUCUACUUUUCCAGUUACAAUAUCCCCAUCAUUGUUGGAAUGUUUACAACAAAGUACAAUUGUUUCAGAGAAAAAAGUGGUUAAGGAAACAAGGAGAAGAUAUUCUGAAAUUUUUAUCUGCUUUUUUUGUGAAAAAGAAUUUUGCAAUAAAUCUGAGAUGAGAGCACAUCAGAUGAUAUGUGAAGAUAGACCACCACAGUUACUUGUAGUGCCCUCUCCACCAAGAGACUUGAGCCCUAAAGAAGGGAAUCUGCCACCUCCCAUAAGCCCGGCCAAAAUGCAUUUUAGUGAAAGCUUUGUUAAAAUUUCAAAAGACAGAUUUGUCCAAGCAAUAGGAAUGGUGCAGAAACAAAAAGCUGCCAAAAUAUUAGCCCGAAAUCGUUGUAGUAGUAUGGACAUUGACUGUAAUCUGAAUUUUCAUGAUUUUGAGGAACCAGAAACUCCAAUAUCUCCACCUACACCAAGAACACCUAAAUCUCUUAUGUCUCAGCUGAGCAAAGAUGAUGGGCUAUCAGCAUCAAGAAAACGUUUAAGUUAUUCCAAUAAUGAUGGAGACAUCAAUGAUAAGGAGAGUGUCAAAAGUUCAGAUAGUAAUGAUGAAGAGAGGCCAUCUCAUGUUAACAAAUCCUUAAUGAACAUAGACGUAUCCUCUCUGCUUGGGCAACGUAUUGUUAAAUAUAUGAAAGACGAAACAAAUUUGGUUAUUGUUAAAGAUUCAGAAUCUUUCUGUCGAACACCAGAUAAAAAUGAAUAUUAUGAUAAAUUAAGGCAUAGGUCAAACCAAUAUCCAAUCUUUUAUCGACCAAGAAAAAGUUUUGAUGUGAUUCAUUCACAUCAGUAUAAAUUCACGAGAAAGCAAAGAAAGAAAGCAUCAAACAAAAUUCCUAUCAAAAAGAUAAAGCAAAAGAAAUCAGCAUACAAGCCUCCAACAUGCAAGGUGGCUCUUAAAAGAUUGACAAAAGCAGAUCUUCAAAGAUGGCUGCCCAAACGUGAUGUUAAGAAUACAACAGAUGAGAUCUUCUUUGAUGAGAACAAUAAUGAUUUGUUUCCUAAGAUUCCUAUCCUGCAUACAAAAGAGUGUGAUAAACUAUUAGGGUUGAAGAAAAGGUCAUUGAGGAGACUUAAUACAAUGGAUCCUCUCUCACUUACAAACGUUGUAUCAGAAGAUGAAAGUGCUGAGAUAUCUAAGCAGAAACUUACUAUAUAUAGGUGUUUGUUGUCAGAAAUAAAUGAACUCACUCCUUUUCUAUCCAUGAAAAAAGGGACAAACACAAAACCAGGAUCUGGCAGGAGAGAAGAAAAACCUAAACCAAGGUGGAGUUCCAGUAAAUAUAAACAAUUUAUAAGUAAGAAAAGUAAGGAGGAUCAGGGUCAAAUGUCAUGGCUCAAAAAUGAGACAGCUCUAGCACAGGUUGUUGUUGAGCAGCAAUUGUCUAAUUUUCUUAGUGAUAGGGUAAGUCCCACAAGAUCUGUAGAUGAUUUUACAGUCAAGAGAAAUGGUGAUGAUAAUAUUUCUAUUCUGUCACUAUCAAUAUCUUCUGAUGAUGGAUCCUAUAACUCAGCAUGCUGUUCAGAAUGUAGAAGAAAGAAAAGAUGUUUGUGUUCUCCUCUCUCUGUCUCCUAUCCAAAUGUUCCCAGUAACCAGUCUUGUGGAUCCAAGUUGGAAAACAGUCCGCAAUCAGCUGGUCAAUGUCUCAGGGAAAUAAAUGACACUACAGAAAUAUCUAAUUUAAAAACAGUUCCAUCAUCCCCAGUUCAUUGUGGUAUGUGUGAUAGUGUGGAAUCAAGCAAGAAUGAAAAUGAUUUAAUUCUGAACUCUCUGCCUUCACCGCCUCCUUCAGCACAGAAGAAGUCACCAAGUUCAAGAUUUUCAGAUACAAGUAGCGAAGGACAGUCCGAGAAUAAUCUGACCAUCAAACGAUCUUCACCAUAUAAGUUACGCAUUUCUUCACCAAGAAAAUCAUAUCCAGACUUUGAAGUGUACAUGCAAAGGAAGAUACAAACAACAGCUCUGGGGGAGCGUAUAAACAAUCACUGUAAUCAGAAUGAUACAGUUAAUAAAACACAAAAAGUGGACCUUGCCUUGUCAAAUAAACCCCAGAAAAUGUUGUCCUCUGUAUCUCAGCCUGACAUGGAUGUCCUACGCAGGUCAAAGAGAAUCAGAUCUCCCUCAUCAUCAUCAUUAUGUAAUGAUAGUCCUGCAAAACUUAGGAGAUUAGAAACUCGAUAAGUUUAUAUAGUGGUGUACAGUUGAUAUAGUCCUACAAAAUUUGGUGCAUUUGUAAUCAUAUGCUUAUAGUCUCCAUUUCAUUAUAUUUUUUAUGUUUAAGUUUAAAUGUUUAAGUAGUACUUCUAUGUAUGGUGUAAUUUUUAGUUAACAUUUGUAUCACAAAACAGUUCAUGUAUGGUAAAGGCCCUACCUCAUCAUGUUAAAGGUGUUCACAGAUACAUACAUGUAUAUACACAAAAGUCUCCACACAGAAAUCAAAUGUAUUUUAUUCAUUCAGUUGUGAUUAUUCUUUUUAAAUGAUAUGGUAUUAAAGUAUUAAUUUUGAGUGUCAGAAUAAGCAUUAUUUCUCUCCGUAAGAUGUAGUGAAUGGAAUAUAUACUGAAGUUUGUAAUCCACAUUUACACCCUGCCAUGCUUACCAUUAUACAUGUAUUGUCCACAUAUAUCAUAAAUCAUCUUAACUCUUUCAAACAUUUUAAUAAAAGUGUCAUUUCCCCUGUUCUUAUACAAAACAAAAUUAUUUUGCUUUAGCCCAUAUAUUAUAACAAUUAACCUAAAGUCACUGUGGUUCAUUAACUAACUAUACAAUUAAGUAAUAAAUCAGACUCCCUGUCAUUCAAUUAUUUUAAACUAGUUGUCUUUCUAAACCACCUUUUGAUAUUCAUAACUCUUCUUCAUUCUUUAUAUGAAAAGCAAGUCUUGAAACUACAUAUCUCUUAUAAAAUUUCACUGAUAAUGAAAACUUAUAUAAGAUAAGAUACCUGUCUUUUAAUUGUACUUUUCAUUGAUGCAGAACAUCACAAAUAAUUUAGUAAAAUGAUUUUGUUGUUAAGGAUGUACUUAGGUGAGGUUAGGUGAAAAUUAAAAAAUCAAGAAUUCAAAAUUGAUUCUAUAAGCUUGUAGAGCAUUCUUUUAGGAUCAAAAUAAGCUAAAAAUAUUGAUAGGUCAUGGAACUCCUUUUCGAGAUAUUUGAGAUUUAAAAUAGGGCGGAAAAAGGCUGACUCUGACUUUAACCUUAUGGUUUUAUAUGUAUCAUUUGGAUCUGAAAACAAAAGAAAGAAAAUUAAGAAACUUCAAAAAUUUUGGUAAAUGAUAUUUCAUGAGCUACAUGUAUUUAGUCUUCUGUGAAAAAAAAUGGGUGUUAUGGGGCAAAAUAUUUUACCUCGUUUUGUAUGGAAAAACACCAAGGAGCCUGAAAAUCUGACACAAAUUCCAAAACAUCACCUAAGUGCAUCCUUAAAUAUCUAAAUGAAAAGUGUCAAAGUUAAGUUGGUAUUCAUUUAUGUUUAAUUUUUGGAAAUAUAAACAAUGGCAGAUUUGUUUCAACUAUUUUUAAAAAAUUUUGAAGCCUGAGAAAUAUUCCUGGCCAAAAAUGAAAUACAAAUGUAUAUAUUAUUUCCUAGGUUCUGGAAGCAAAGACAAAAUUGAUCGGUUAAAUAAUUGUAUUAUGAAAAUAUGUUACAUCUAAAUAUAUGUUCUGGACUUAAACUGUUCUUAAACCAAACUGUCCGACUUUGUCCAUACUUAGCCUACAAUGUGUUAAGAUUUGAGGUAGGGAGAGAAGCUGGAGAAACUAUUUGUUUUUUUGGUUGGCAUUAGCCCAUGACAGGUUGUGCUAUGACAGUGUAUACUAUGCCAAAAGGUUGAUUUGUUAAUUAGGGGCUUUUUCCCCUAAAUGUUUUAGUGCUUUAUUUUUGUAGAUAACUGUAUAUAUGUAAAUCAGUAGAAUUAGUUUCACAGAACAAAUUUUGAUGAUUAUCUGGUAAUUUUUGUUGAGAAGAAAAGCAAGGCUUUGUGGACUGUUUUAUAAACUAGUAAAAACAUUUAGAAGUAAAUAUGUUCAUUAACCCUUUUAUUGUUCCUAUUGAUGUUUCAAUCUGAGUGUGAUACCUUGUUCAAGUGUAUUUUAUGGACAUUAUAAGGUAUAAAAUGAAUCACUUGUCUCAUAGAUUUUUGUUACAUAAUAAGAUAUUUUAUUAUCGGCAGUCUUAGCCUUUGAUGUUUUCUAAAACCUUGUCAAGAGUUAUCUUAAAUUUACUUGUUGUUUUAUCAACAUUAUCAAGCAGUCAACUUUGAAUCCCAUAUUAUAAUUAUUGAAAUAGUUGUGGAAUAAGUUAUCAUUCUCUGUUAAAUUGUUUAUCCUUCAGUGAAGUCUAGUCCACUACAUGAUAUUAUGUUUUGAUUGGUACACAUGUUACUCUCAACAGAAUUAUUACAGUGAAUCUCUGAUAAACUCUUCUAUACCUAUCUUUGUAGCUUUAUGUCCUGUUCCAAAAUACUUUCCUGUGAUAAACCUAUUAUAUUGUUAAGCAUUCAUUUUGUAGUAGUAACUACCACUCAGUCAGGUUUUGUUGAUUGGAAUAUUUCUUUGUUUAGAUGUAUAUUCUGCAUAUGUACUUAAUUUGAACAAUUAGUAUUUUUUUCACAAGAAUGAGUUAUUCAUAAUGAUUAUUCUGGUGUCGUCUUCAAGAUUGAAAAUGUUUUAAAAAUUAUCUGUAUUUUUUUACUUUCUAAUAGUAACCCGGUGUCAGCUUAUUUUAAAAUAUUUGAUAUUUAUCUAAUAAAGUAAUGAAAACAAUAACAAGACAAUGAUUACUAACUGGUUUAAGAUAAAAAUGUUACAUUUGGACAUGUUUUUUGUAUGUCAUUAAUUUAAGUAUCAAGACUUGCAGCUGCAAGUGUGUUGAGAUUUACAGUCUUCUAAGUACAAAAUGUAUCAGAAUGAUUCGACUUGUUGCCAGGUUUUUAACAUGUUUAUAAUGUACAAAGUCAUUGAUAUGACAAACAUACACAUAAUUCCAACUGAAAAAUCUUUAAAGUUUCUGAUUUUAACGAUUCAACAUUAGAUUUUGCAGUCCCUGUACUGCCAAAGAAAUUUGAAUAAUUAUAAAUAGUUUGUUAUAAUGGUUUCAUACAAAUUUCUGACUGAAAUGCAUUAUAUGAUUUACUUAGUGAAUAUGUAUUGGACUUAAAGAUUUAGCCAAAGGGAAAUUUUUCUUCAAAGAAAAAUGUAUCCUUUUGAAAAAAUGUUUUAAAUGUAAAAAAAUCUUAAUAUUCCUCCAUAAACUUCUGACAUUUUUAUUCAGUAUAAAGAACUCUUUGGGAUGUAUUUGCAAAAAUAUAGCAAGUCUUGUUGAUAGUCAAUAUAAAAUUAAGCCAAAAGUAAAUUAGAUAUGUAUUAUAGCAUUUUUUUUCUUUCAUGCUGCAAAAACUAAUUAUUGGUUUAUGUUAAUGACUUUAUUCAUAACAAUUUGUUUUUGUUUUACACUGGUUACAUAAAACUAAGCACCCAAGUAAAAUACAUGUAACCCACUAUAAGGUAAUAAGUGGUAACUAGUAGUAAAAUUACUUAAGGAAAGUACUAAUUGAUUAAGUGGAAUUCAAGAUAUUUAAACUAUGCAUUCUGUUGAUAAACAGAGCCACCUUUUUAUUAUACAUUGACAUAUUUUACAUUUUAUUCCUGUCAGUUUUUAUCAGUACAAGCAAGUUUUAAGUUUUCACAUAAGUCCUUAAUGACACUGAUGACACUUAGAAUUACAUAACAUAAUAUUUUCAUAUGAACAGUCUGACAAUUUAGUAAUAUCAAGUAUCAAGUAUUUUUGUUUGGCUAAAAAAUGUAUCUUAGUAUGAAAAAGAUACGCACUGGAAUCUGUAUUUGUUGUCAAAGUAAUUGUUGAAAAAACAAGUACCAGGUAUAACAGUUUCAGUUUUGACAAGUGUAUUGUUAUAUUAGCAAUGAAUGAAGAUGGUACUGAAGUUAUAACUCUUGUAAUGUAGCAUAUGCAAAUGUUUUUUUUCUUUUUCUCUAGUUUGAUACAUCAGUCUAAGUAAGCCAUUGUGUAUAGUAUUCUAAAAGUGUUGACACUUGCCAAUGUUAUAUAUAUAAUGUAAUGAUUGUCAUUGCAUUCAUCAAGGAUUUGUAUAGUUAGACUAACUAUACAAAUCCUUGCAUUCAUUUAAAUUUUCACUGCAUUGGUUUACAAUCAUGGCUGUUAGAUUAGGCAGGCGUCCAGUAGUGACUAAAUUCUUAUGUUAGGGAAUGUGUAUGAAAGAGUAGACCAUGCCAUUUCCCUGUUGCCCCUUUUUAUUACCCAUACUAAAGAUGAGUAGGACUGGCUGGAUCAUUUUGGCAGAAGAGAAGACUUAAGUUUCAUACUUGUACAUUUGUUACAGUGUAUCGUCGAUUUGAAGUGAACAAAUUGUUGUAGAAUCCUAAAGUUUGAAUCAAAUAAGUUUUUUCUUGACUGAUGCCAUAAUACCUUUUAAAGUCUGUGAUUUUUCUAUGAAUCUGAAUGGUAUGAUGUUUUUAUUGCAUGCAAGUUUUGAUUUGUAUGGUGCUAUGUUGAAAGCUGUGGAGAUGAUGUUAAUCUGUUUUUAAUUUGUCAUAUUUUGCUAUGAUCAAAAGGCAAUAGAGAAGCUUUGACUUGUAAUGCAAUGCAGUAUAUUGUUUUAUGAUAAUAACCAAAUAAAAUUGUUAAACAUUUUAA